UACAAGCACCUGCGUUUCAAACCAUCGAUGUCUUGACUCUCCUCAGUGGUAUUGCUGCGGUUGACAAUCAAGGCGGCGUGCAAACAAGUAGUAUGUUCAGCUUCAACGGAGUUUCAUACAAUCAGUCGACUGGUGAUACUCUGGAUCAUCGAAACCCGCCGGGCUCUGCCGUCGGCCUGGAGUUCUCUGGGGGACGAGUACCGGUUAAUACCAAUCCCGACUGGCCAAACAGACGCGAUACUGGAACUAGAGGCAUUGCGCAGAACUACACUGUUACACAACAGGGUGUCACAGCAGAUGUUUCAUGCCAGCCAAUCGACCGCAGUCAAAAUUCAUUUACUCUCAACUCAACACAGACGCAAAUCGGACCGAAUAUCACGUUCAUCGCGUCGGACGUCAUUGCGAAUUGUUCCGGAAAUACGAAUGCCCAGCCCUACUUCACUGUGAGUAGUCAGUACAACGUUGGAAUCGAGGGAUUUCUCCCCGUUGUUGUCUGUCCCAACCCAAACUUAAUGACAUCUGACUUAUAUAAGUUUGAUGUUUUUAUGUCUGGCUUGGGCGGCUACAGCUUUCUGCCAACGACCGUUUGCGAGGUCGUUCCCUACCUGACCACAGUCAACGUCACUUAUAAUGGAGGCAUCAUAUCUGUUGAUCGGAUUGAUGCAUCAACAAGCAGUCCGAACUUUCCUUUACUUCCGUACAUUGCAACUGUGAUGGCUUAUCAAGCGACGACAAACCAAGCCAUGACCACGAAUCCCAUUGGUAACUUUUUGACCGCGUACGGUGCCAACAAUAUAUCAGUCAUGUACAGCGAACUGGAAGAUUACUGGCGCGGUAUUGCGGAGUUCGCCUCUACUCAACUUCGCUCCGGAUACUCUGCUUUGGGAGUGCCGUCGGAUAUGACGAGGCCGACGAACGGCACGAUGUAUAUCAUGACGUACGGCUGGAGAAGCAAAGCCUACACGUAUAUCCUUCUGCUUGUGGUGAUCACCGUGAUCUGGGGUGCCACCGUAUUAGCCGCCGGGUUCAGCCUCAUCCAAGAAAAAAUCCAUGCCUCCGAUCCAUCUUUCGACUUUUCUGAUCCCAUUCAGCUCGCCAUCGUGGCGUAUCGCGGAGGAUAUGAAUCACGAAUUCAGGGUGAUGAGAAAAAAGGAGUAUACAUUAGCGAGGACACUACCGUUCGCUUUGAAGGAGAGGGAAACGAUAAGAGACUGGUCACUGUAAUUUAGGAAACCCUACCAAAGACUGCGGCCCCUUGAUAUUGUUGUAGUGAUCGAAUUACUAUGUAGAUCUGUUGCACCUAAUAAUCUCACUAUGAUCACCUUU